AUGGAGGACUAUCGAAGACGAUAUAGGGAUGAACGAGACAAAGUUGACUCUCUAGCUCGUGUUUUGGAACAACAGGCAUCUGUUCUUGAUGCCUGUCGAUCGGCACUUCGACAAGCAUCCAGUCGUUUUUAUAUUCGUCAUUCAGUUACUGAGUCAUCUAAACAACUCAAGCGUUCAUUGUCACCUUGUUCAGUAUCUAGUAACAAGGAAUCUGUCAAAUCUACAAAGAAACUUAAUACUUCAGAUUCAUUUAAAAACGAUCUGUCACUAUCUGAUUCGCUGAACGAAGGAAAUGUUCCUAAAGUUGCGGAAAUUGAUUCUGCUGCAGUCAAGAAUGUGUGUGAACAAACUACUAUGGUUUCAAACGUCAGUUCCGAUGUUUCAGAAUAUAUUAUGAAUGGAUUAAAAACGGAAGAAGCUUUGGUUCCGUGCAACGCUAACGAGGAUGCUUCAAUAGCUGUUGAUGAAAAAUGUUCCAUUGUCCCUACAGGAAAAGAACCCCAAAUAACUUUAAGUUCAAGUGAAUGA